AUGUGGAGCAGCAAAUCAAAAGAGGUGCCUUUACCAAAUCCAAGGAACUCUCAAAGCAAGGACACUGUUCAAGCAGAUAUAACUACACCGUGGGAUGCACUUUCACAGAACAAGGCUGCUCUGAGACACAUUGAAAACAAGUUAGAAGUAGCCCCUACAAGUACAGCUGUAUUUGAUUCUGUCAUGGAUGCCAAGAAAUCUGCAAAUGCUACACGAAAAAUAAGUAGAAAAGAUGGUCGAUACCUGGAUGAUUCUUGGGUUAAUGCUUCAGUCACCAAAUCUUCUAAAUCACGGAAAGAGAAAUCUCGUAGUCCUUUGAGAGCUACCACCCUUGAGAGUAAUGUGAAGAAAAAUAAUCGUGUGGAAUUUCGUGAUCCCUUAGUUUCUUAUAGGGAAAUCCAUGGUGCACCUUCUAAUUUAAGUUCCAACCAUCUGGAGUCAAAGCUUGUAUAUUGCGUGGAUGUUAAUGAAAAAAAAACUGAGAGUGGGAAUCAAAUGACAAGCAAUCGAGAAGAAAAGAAUAUACAUGAUUUUGAGAGCUCCCAAUCAUCUGUCAUAAAUGAUACAGUUGUUAGGUUUUUAAAUGAUAGACCAGCAAUUGAUGCAUUGCAAAAUUCCGAAUGUUUGAUUAAAAUGGGAGCUCCUUUGAGAUCUGAGGAAGAAAAGUCUAAUAGACCAAAAGGCAAUGAGAACAGUUUGAAGGCUUCUGUGAGUAACUUGAGCCAUGAAGUUGAUCCAAAACUAUUACGGCUAACGGACUCUUCUCCAUCUUCUACAAGUACUUCCAAUUCCCAAAGAUUAGAUAUUUUAAAGCGACGACAACAUGAUGCCAAACUAGAAAAACUCAAGGAGCGGAUUAGGAAACAGUGGGAACACUCAGAAGAAACAAAUGGUCAGGGUCAGAAUCUGGGCUAUAGUGACCAUCCAGUAAUGGUUGUCAAUGUUGACAGCUCAGUGGCAACAAAAGUCAGGAAAGUGGCAACAGCACCACCUGCUCCAUCAUAUAAAGGCUUCAACCCUUCAGAAACCAAGAUUCGAACCCCUGAUGGGAAAGUAUGGCAGGAGGCUGAGUUUCAAAACAUGAGUAGAGAAUUAUAUCAAGACUUAGCAUUACAUUUUGCAGAUGAUGUCUCUAUAAAAGAAAAACCUGCUGAAAAAGGUAAAGAGAAGAAAGUGGUCAAACCAGUUCGAAAAGUCCAAAAGGCAACGCAGUUGUCAAGCCUAGAAUGCAAAACAGGUAGUAGUCGUCUAAUAAGUACAUCUUCUUGGAGAGAUGGACAAAAAUUAGUAAAGAAGAUCCUAGGACCUGCACCCAGAAUGGAACAAAAGGAGCGAAGAACAGUAUCAAGUGACAGAAGUGGAAGAGAAAGAACUACUAAAUCUGGGGUUCAUAUUGGAAGAGCAGAAUCUGAUCCCAGGUUGGAUGUUUCACAUAGAAGUCUUCCACGGAGCUCAGAACGUUCGAGAAGUAGAGCUCGAUCCGAGAAUAAUAUAAAGAAAUUAGCUCCAUCUCUUCCGGAUAACAAACAGGAGGAAGAUACUGCCUUAAAUAAGGACUUUUUACCUGUUGAAAUUCGUGGAAUUCUUGAUGACUUGCAGCUGGAUUCUGUAACUCAGACAGCAAGACAAGAGCCUGGAGAGCCACAGAAUCAAAAGUUAUCAGCACCUGUUCAAGUCCAAGCUCCUAGGAGUCACAGCCCAGUAAAAAGAAAACCUGACAAAAUAACUGCCAAUGAAGAUCCCCCUGUUAUUUCUAAAAAGCGCCACUAUGACACAGAUGAAGUGCGACAGUACAUUGUUAGACAACAGGAAGAGAGGAAGCGAAAGCAAAAUGAAGAGAAGAAGGCUCAAAAGGAGGCCACUGAACAGAAGAAUAAGCGAUUACAAGAACUCUACCGGAAACAAAAAGAAGCCUUUACUAAAGUGAAAAAUGUGCCUCCUCCUGAGCCAUCAACUACUAGACGACUACAGGAGACUUAUUCCAAAUUGUUACUAGAUAAGACCUUGCUUGAAGAACCAUCUCGUCAACAACAUGUUACACAGGAAACACAGGCCAGACCAGGGUAUCAACCAUCUGGAGAAUCUGAUAAAGAAAACAAAGUGCAGGAACGUCCCCCAAGUGCAUCUUCCAGUAGUGACAUGUCUCUAUCAGAACCUCCACAGCCUCUUACAAGAAGAGACUUGAUGGAACCUACAUGGAUGCAGCCUGACAGAUUGAGCCCACUAGUCCACCAUUCUCAACCACAGCCCCUUGUUGGAACAGCUGGAAAUUUACUUUCCCAUCUCUUGAGUUUAGAACAUGUAGGAAUUUUGAAUAAAGAUUUUGAAUCUAUUUUACCAACCAGGAAAAAUCAUAAUAUGGUUUCAGGACCAUUAACUUUUACACCUCAAACGUAUCUGACCUCACCAGCUGCUCAUCCAGAUGCCUUGCAAAAAUCUAGUGCCAGCCAAUAUAAGAGUAAACUGGAUCGUAUUGAAGCCUUGAAAGCAACAGCUGCUUCUUUGUCCAGCAGAAUUGAAAGUGAAGCCAAGAAAUUAGCUGGGGCCAAUAUUAACUAUGGGUCAGUAUGGAGCACUGACUGUGAUCUUCAGCAAGCACCUCAAGAAGAUGGAUCUUGGAACAAAGCUAUAAGUCCACCUGUGAAAGAAGAUACUGAAGAUGUUUUCUCGGCCCGAAUUCAAAAGAUGUUGGGAACUUGUGUGUCUCAUGCAACCUUUGAUGAUGAUCUUCCUGGUGUAGGCAACCUGAGUGAAUUUAAAAAGCUUCCUGAGAUGAUCAGACCUCACAGUGCCAUAUCAAGCUUCAGAAUGAGAUCCCCGGGUCCCAAACCAGAAGGAUUGCUGGCACAAUUGUGUAAGAGGCAGACUGACUCUUCUAGCUCUGAUAUGCAAGCCUGUUCUCAAGAGAAAGCCAAAUUGUCACUUGGUUCCAGUGCAGAUUCAAUCAGUGAGGGGCCACUUCUUAGUGAGGGGAGUUUCUCUGAAGAAGAGGGAGGCCGGAAUGGGCGGACCCUUUUGAAGGUAGCAGAAGUCUUAAAAGAAAAGGAAUUUUGUGCUGGAGAAAGAAAUACUUAUGAACCAAUCAAAGAGUUUCAGAAGGAGGCUGAAAAUUUCCUGCCACUUUUUGGGCACAUAAGUGAAACACAGAGCAAAGGACCAUGGGAAGAAUUAGCAAAGGGAAGUCCACAUAGUGUCAUUAAUAUCUUUACAAAAUCGUAUCAACUAUAUGGAAAAGGCUUAGAAAACAGGUUGGAGAGACGAACAUCAGCAUUGCGACCUUUGAAUACCAUCACAACCCCUCUAAGCAGUAUUUCAUAUGAAGAUGAUUUUGUCUCCUCUUCAGGGAGUGGGACUCUGACGGAGAAAAAAUCAGCUCUUGAACCUACUUUAGGCAUUCAGGAGGAGCGUUCUAGCAGGAAGUCUGCUUAUGAUGUUUCCACUGUGGACAUUAUUACUUCCCCACAUUCGUCAGGGGCCCAGUCUGCUGCAUCAUCUCGGUCAUCUACUUCUUCUAAAGGAAAGAAAGGGAAAAAAGAAAAGUUAGAACGGUUGGAUUCACUUAAUGGAAAUAUUCAGAACUCUCUUCUUGAUGAAGAAAAAGUACAGUCUGGCUCAGAACAUGGUUCCCAUCAAGGAAAGAAGUCUGGGACGAGUAGCAAACAUUCUAUUAAAGAUUAUGAGCAGACUCUUGAAACGGAUAGCGUGUUGGAGGAUUUUUCUGGACAUUCUGUGAGUGUCUCUUCAGAGAAGGGAAGAUCUCAGAAAACUCCGACAUCUCCUCUAUCUCCAAGUUCUCAGAAAUUGUUACAGUUUGACCUUCCGGGAACUUCAUUGGAAAAGACUAAGUCCUCGGUAGUAAUACCUCCAACUACAACAGCAUUUAAACCUCCUGCAGCCUUCACGGAUGUUAAUCUGACUGCCAGCAGAACAACUGCAGAGAUGGCUUCAGCACUGGGUUCUAAGCGCUUUUCCCCUGUUGGCCUCCAGCAUCGUUUGGCAGCAGAACUCAGUUAUUUGAAUGCUAUUGAGGAGUCCAUGCGCCAACUGUCAGAUGUAGAAAGAGUUCGAGGCAUUUCGCUUGCUCAGCAGGAGAGUGUGUCUCUGGCUCAAAUCAUAAAGGCACAGCAGCAACGACAUGAAAGAGACUUGGCCCUUUUGAAACUGAAGGCUGAGCAAGAAGCUUUGGAGAGCCAGAGACAAUUAGAAGAAACCCGAAACAAAGCAGCCCAGGUUCAUGCAGAGUCAUUAAAGCAGGUUGUUAAAUCACAACGCGAAGUAACUGAAGUCCUGCAGGAGGCAACAUGUAAAAUAGCAGCUCAGCAAACAGAGACUUCUCGCCUCACCACAGAUGCUGCACGCCAAAUCUGUGAGAUGGCAGAGUUGACUCGAACUCACAUAUCAGAUGCCGUCACUGCUUCAGGAGUUCCCCUAGCAACACUGUAUGACAACCAGCGGCAACCCCCUCCGGACUUCAUGAAAACCCUGAGGACUAGAGCUGAAAGAGAUAGGAAAAGUGAAUCUGUUUCACUCUCUCAGAGUAAAGAAGGGACCCUUUACUCAAAGCAUCAGAAGUAUUCUCCUUCCUAUGAUAGUUAUUCUGAGUGUUCAAGAUACAAGAAUCACAGUCGAAGGAGUAGUAGUGGUAGCAGCCGUCAAGAAAGUCCUAUAGUCCCAUCUUCUAAGGAUAAUGAGAAGAAACUUCUUCAUGAUGAAAAGAUGGAGAGUUCUAUUGAUGAACAUGUUCAGACUGCUGCAGAUGAUUCUCUACGAAGUGAUAGCAUUCCAUCUCUUCCCGAUGAGAAAGAUUCAACUUCCAUUGCAACAGAGUAUUCCCUGAAAUUUGAUGAAUCCAUGACAGAAGAUGAAAUAGAAGAAAAGUCAUUUCGAUCUUUACUACCUUCUGAGAGUCAUCGCAGAUUUAACAUGGAAAAGAAAAGAGGCCAUCAUGAUGACUCUGAUGAAGAAGCUUCUCCAGAAAAGACCACACUGUCCUCUGUCAAGGAGCUGAGCAUGCCAUUCUCAGGAGGACAGGAUAGUUUCUCUAAAUUUACUAUGGAGAUGGUUCGACAGUAUAUGAAAGAAGAGGAAAUGCGUGCAGCUCAUCAGUCUUCACUCCUGCGUCUUAGAGAAAAGGCCUUAAAAGAGAAAACUAAGGCCGAGUUAGCUUGGCUAGAGCAUCAAAAAAAACAUCUAAGAGACAAAGGAGAAGAUGAUAAAAUGCCCCCACUCCGUAAGAAACAGCGUGGUUUGCUCUUAAGGCUGCAGCAAGAAAAGGCAGAAAUUAAACGUCUUCAAGAAGCCAAUAAGGCAGCUCGGAAGGAAAGACAAUUGAUUCUUAAACAGCAAGAGGAGAUAGAAAGGAUCCGACAGACCACUAUAAAACUGCAAGAGAAGUUGAAGUCUGCAGGGGAGAAUAAAUUGGAGUCUCAUAGUGAUGAUAAUACCAAGGAUAAUAAAGCAACUAGUCCUGGUCCAACUGACUUGGAAACCCGUAGUCCUUCUCCUAUUUCAAUCUCCAGCAGUGAAACUAGCAGUAUUAUGCAGAAGCUGAAGAAAAUGAGAAGCCGCAUGGAUGAGAAGUUUCUGACAAAGCGAGAGCAAAAACUAAUGCAACGGCGACAACAUGCAGAGGAGCUGCUAGAGUGGAAACGGCGUUUAGAUGCAGAGGAAGCAGAGAUUCGUCAAAUGGAGAAACAAGCUUUGGCUGCCUGGGACAAAGAAUUAAUAAAACCCAAAACCCCUAAGAAAGAACUGGGCGACCAGAGAACAGAACAGAAAGAAAUAGCCAGUGAAGAGGAAUCUCCAAUACCUUCCUACUCUCAUCUAAAUAGUGUAAGCUCUGUUCCAGAAGAACUGGGCAGCCCUGCUGUGGAAUAUAUACCAUCUGAGCCUUUAGCUCAAGAACAGCCAGGCAGUCCUGAUCACAGUGUACUUACUGAAGAUAUGGUUUUUUCACAAGAACUGGAAUCAUCUACCUCACCUAGUAAACAUUCACCUCCCAAAAGCUGCACAUCCGUAUCAAAACAGGAGUCUAGCAAAGGAAGUCAUAGGACCGGAGGACAGUAUCGUCUACCUAUCAAGUCCCAUCAGCCCUGUUAUAGUUGGUCAGAUGAGUCAUUAUCUAUGACACCAUCAGAAACUACAUCUGACCAGAGUGACAUUGAAGGCCGGAUCAGAGCUCUGAAGGAUGAGCUUCGGAAAAGAAAAUCCGUUGUGGACCAGUUGAAGAAAGAACAGAAAAAAAGGCAAAAGGAAAGGCUGAAAGCCCAAGAAGCCAGUCUGAUCAAACAGUUAGAGUCAUAUGACGAAUACAUUAAGAAAACUGAAGCCGAGCUUAGCCGAGAUUUGGAAACCUCACCAACAGCCAAGCCUCAAAUUAAAACGCUCUCCUCAGCUUCUGAAAAACCCAAGAUCAAGCCCCUUCCACUACACAGAUCUGAAACAGCAAAGAAUUGGAAAUCCCUAACAGACUCUGAACGUUCUAGAGCAUCUCUAGAGGCUAUCGCUGAGCAUGUUGAUGCUGUAUUGUCAGCUUCUGAGAGAUCUUUUUCAGAAAGGCCUUUUUCUUCAUGUGCAAAGAAAGUGAUCGAAUUGGAUGGCCAAGCAGAAGAGCCUUUUCAGAGCCCAUCACCGGUUCUCAGGUCAUCAAGGAAAAAUAGGGCAGAAUCUGGAGAUUCUCUAGAAAAUAUAUCAUCAUUAUCUCUACUAAAUACCCCUAGUAGAAUUCUUAAUGUGUCAGAAGCCAAAGUUGAAGAACCACCUAAGAAAAAAUCAGAAAUACGAGAAGAGGUAGAUUAUGCAAUAUUGGAGAAGAGUGAGAUUGAAGUUGCCUAUAAUAAACAGUCUGAGAAAUCUGAUGUCUUAUUGAAACCAGACCUGGAACAGGGAGAUUCAUCUGAAAUUCUUUCAAAGAAAGAUCUUCCUUUUGCUCCUGCAAAUGUUCAGAAAGGCUUGGUUACAUUAGCUAUAGAAAGUCUUCAUAAAAGGGGGGAAAUGUUGAAAGAGAGACAGCCAGAUCAAGAUACGGAUCAUAGUCCAAACAGCCAGUCAGGAAAUGGCAUUCAUGAACAAAAGAACAUAAAGGGAAGGGACUCAUCUUUGUCAGAACAUCUUCCGACUCCUACAGAGGUAUCAUACUCUGAAGAUUUUGACGGAUCUUCUCUCAGGAAAGAUGUUUCAGCUGAAUUGUACAAAGAUGACUUUGAGGUGUCAACUUUUUUGUCACUCAGGAAAGACUCUCAGCCAAUGAGGAGCUCUAGAAGUAGAGCUACUAGCUUUAGUAGUGAUGAUGAAAUCAGUGAAUGCUUAAGUGAGAAAAGCCUUUCCAUUCACAGCAGUGUCCACUCUGAAAGGCUGUUAGAACUCAAGUCCCCUACUGAGCUUAUGAAAAGUAAGGAGCGCAGUGAUGUAGAGCAUGAACAGGGAGUUACUGAAUCCCUUUCCUUGGGUUCAGUUUCUAUUGCAGAUGAAUUGCGUGAUUUCCACAUUGGUGAUAGGGUAUUAAUUGGCAAUGUUCAACCAGGAACUCUUCGAUUCAAGGGUGUGACUAGUUUUGCUAAAGGAUUUUGGGCUGGAGUAGAGUUGGAUAAACCUGAAGGAAAUAACAAUGGAACAUAUGAUGGUAUUGUAUACUUUGUGUGCAAAGAGAAACAUGGUAUUUUUGCUCCUCCUCAAAAAAUAACUCAUAUUCCAGAAAACUUUGAUGACUAUAUAGACGUAAAUGAAGAUGAAGACUCUUAUUCAGAUAAGCAAUAUCAUCAGUACUAUAAUCAAGAACCAAAAGAUACAGAGGAUCAUAAGUCUGAUAAAGAGAAAGAUACAAUUGAAUAUUUUUAUGAAAAGUCUCUACCUAGCAUGCAUGAUACAGAUGCACUGGUUGACAAAAGCCUUAAAAUAGAAACAGACAAUAUACAAGGUAUUUCUGGGGCACUUGAAGCACAUGUUCACCAGCAAUCUUCAGUGGAGUCACUGAUUUCUUCAAAGGAAAACAAAGACCUUAUUUCUAGUACUCCAGAAAAGGUAUCCAUUGCUGUAGAAGGUGAUACUUUAGACAAUGCCUUUUCAGAAGAAUUGAAGAAGCAAUACCACUUCACAGAAAAGGAAGAGAAUUUACAUUCUGAAAUUUCAGAAAAGCUUUCUACUCCACUUCUGGACCUUUUAACAAGAGAAAAGAAACAACUGGAAUCCCAGCUGAGGUCAUCACUAAGUGAAGAAAAAAAGUCAAAGCAACAACUGGAAACAGUCAGCUUACUGACAGACAAUUUAUUAAAAGUCUUUGUGAAGGAUACAGUCAACCAAUUGCAACAAAUUAAAAGAGCUCGGGAUGAGAAAAUCCAUUUUAGCAAUCAGGAGCUUCUUGAUGAUGACCAAAAGAAAGUGCCAUUCCAAGGCCUGUUCCCAAAUCUCGAGGAACAAUCAAGUGUUCCAAGUUGCUAUUUAAGGUCUGAAUUAGAAGAUGAAAAAGAAGAGAUUUCCUCUCCAGAUAUGUGUCCCAGGCCUGAAAGUCCAGUGUUUGGUGCCAGUGGGCAAGAGGAGCUUGCUAAGAGACUUGCUGAACUUGAGAUCAGUCGGGAGUUCCUGAGCGUGUUAGGAGAUGAUCAAGACUGGUUUGAUGAAGACUUUGGCUUGAGCUCUUCUCACAAAGUCCAAAAGAAUAAAGUAGAAGAAGCAAUUGUACCUCUUAUGGCAGACUCUAAAAGACCUCCCCAAAAGCCAUGUGAAACAUUAUUGGCAGUCCCACAUACUGCAGAAGAAGUAGAAAUUCUGGUAUAUAAUGCAGCAGAAGAACUUUGGAAAUGGAAAGAAUUAGGUCAUGAUCUGCAUAGUAUCAGUAUUCCUACAAAACUGCUUGCGUGUGUCAGCAAUGGUCAAGAUAUAGAAAGCACUAGUAAAAGAGUCUAUAAGCAGGCGGUUUUUGAUUUAACUAAAGAGAUCUUUGUGGAAAUAUUUGCUGAGGAUCCCAACGUGAAUCAGCCUGUCUGGAUGAAGCCAUGUAGAAUCAACUCUAAUUAUUUCCGACGAGUGAAAAAUCCAAAUGACCUUGAUGAAAUUAAGAACUUCAUAGCAACUGAAGUACUCAAGUUGUUCAGUCUUAAAAAGGAGUCCAACCACAAAACAGACUGGCAGAAAAUGAUGAAAUUUGGAAGAAAGAAGAGAGACCGAGUAGAUCAUAUCCUGGUACAGGAGCUCCACGAGGAGGAGGCCCAGUGGGUGAACUAUGAUGAGGAUGAAUUGUGUGUGAAGAUGCAGCUAGCUGAUGGGAUCUUUGAGACCUUGAUCAGAGAUACUAUUGAUGUUCUCAAUCAGAUCAGUGAAAAACAGGGGAGAAUGCUACUUGUGUGA